AGGAAGGAGGCGGAGGGAGGAAUGCUGCACAGGGAUGCUUGUUAUGGCUGUCACACCAGUGGCGUCUAGAAAAACAUCAUUUUUCAUGCCACAUUGACGGGAAUCAUAUGUAACAUGUACGCUGCGGCCGUUGCGGCAUGGCUGGCCACAGUGGUCACCAUCUUGUCGAGGUCGCACGCGGACCGUAACGUCUACCCAUCUGCAGGUGUGCUGUUCGUCCACGUUCUGGAGAGAGAGUACUUCAAAGGAGAGUUCCCUCCCUACCCAAAGUCAGGUGAUGCCAGCAAUGACCCCAUCACUUUCAACACCAACCUGAUGGGCUACCCUGACAGGCCUGGCUGGCUGCGCUACAUCCAGAGGACUCCUCACAGUGAUGGCGUGCUCUAUGGCUCCCCCACUGCAGAGCAUGUUGGCAAGCCCACCAUCAUAGAGAUUACCGCCUAUAACAGACGUACAUUUGAGACGGCACGGCAUAACUUGGUCAUAAACAUCAUGUCUACUGAAGAGUUCCCGCUGCCAUACCAGGCAGAGUUUUACAUCAAGAACAUGAACGUGGAGGAGAUGCUGGCCAGCGAGGUGUUGGGGGAUUUCUUGGGGGCGGUGAAGAAUGUUUGGCAGCCUGAGCGCCUCAAUGCCAUCAACAUCACCUCAGCGUUGGACCGGGGUGGACGCGUGCCCCUGCCCAUCAACAACCUCAAGGAGGGAGUGUAUGUCAUGGUGGGUGCUGACGUUCCCUUCUCGUCGUGCCUGCGGGAAGUGGAAAGCCCACAUAACCAGCUGCGCUGCAGUCAGGAGAUGGAGCCUGUCAUCAGCUGUGACAAGAAGUUCAGAGCACAGUUCCACAUCGACUGGUGUAAGAUUUCUCUGGUUGAUAUCACCAAAGUAGUCAUGGUUCACAGCAACCGCCCCGACCCGGGCACCGGGAUCCUGCCUGAGUUCGGGGAGUACAACCCCCCCUCCGAGUCUCUGAAGGGCCGGGACUACUUUUCCGACUUCCUUGUCACGCUGGCGGUUCCCUCCGCUGUGGCACUAGUUCUUUUCUUCAUCCUCGGCUAUUCUAUGUGCUGCCGACGGGAAGGGGUGGAAAAAAGAAACAUGCAAACACCAGAUAUCCAGCUGGUUCACCAUAGCUCCAUCCAGAAGUCCACCAAGGAGCUGAGGAACAUGUCCAAGAACCGGGAGAUCUCCUGGCCCCUCUCCACCCUACCUGUCUUCAACCCGGUCAGCGGCGAGGUGGUGCCACCCAUCCACCCCGACAACUAUGAGACGACCAGCAUGCCCCUCAUGCAGACACAGACGAACCUGCAAAACCAGAUUACGAUACCACAGCAACGGCCAUCAGGAGAUAAUUAUGUUAUGUCAACAUUUCGAAGGCUGGAGGUAAAUGGUAUUCCUGAGGAGAGAAAGGUGGCUGAAGCACUAAACUUGUGACCAGAAACACUCGCGUUGCAGCUGAUUUUUUGCUUCCACAUCUGUAACUUCAUUAUCUAACAUUUGUGCCAAUCUGCAUGCUUCAGAAGUGUCUUUAUAUAAAAUUUUGUGUCCAUGUUCACUUUAUUGGCUUGAGCAAUUAGGACAAACACGUGUGCGAGAGGUGCCUGAGAGAGUGAGAGAGAACAAAAGAGCUAUGUUCAUUAUAUAUUAGGAUAUUUUUGAAUUUUUUGUGUAAAUGUUAAAAAAUAUAUUAUUAAGGUUUGUAUUUCUAUUUCCUUUGGCGCGCGAAACAGUCCUCUUUGAGCAAAAGGGAGUUUUAGCGUUGAAGUGCUCUAGUUGUCAUGUGUGAUUAUGUGUAACUGUCACAUGAUAACAGUAAAUACUUUUUAAAAUAAUUUGUUUUUGUAAGUACAUGUGCCCUAAUAAAGACCAAGAAACCAAGAAUGUCUCUUUAAAUCAAAUGAAAGCUAUG